GACAUAUAUAUUUCAAACAGAAAGAAAGAAAAAUGGCAAGAUCCGUGAUUAGCAAAACAAUCUUUAUAGCCCUCUUCUUCUGCUUCCUUCUCAUUGCAUCCUUUGGUGUGCAAACUGCGGAAGCACAGAGAGGAGGUGGUGGUGGCCGCGGCGGGGGCCGUGGUGGUGGCGGUGGUGGUGGUGGUGGCGGCGGCGGCAAGGGCAAGUUAUGCGGAAAGCCGGCGAGAGGGUGGAGUGGUAAGUGCAGUAAGCCGAGGUGCAAUUCUUGGUGCAAGAGCAGGGAAAGGGCUGAGCGUGGAGACUGUAAAAGGACUUGCUAUUGCUACAAGAAAUGCUGAAAAACUAUAUAUAUCCUAUAUCUAUCUUGGCAUGGUGCAUAUAUAUUAUAUACCUAAAUAAGAUGCUGCAUGUAUAAAUAAAUGCUAUUAUAGUAGCUACUACUGCGGCAGGCACCAUUGCUAUUAUCACUAUCAUCUAUCUGUGUGCUAAUUAUUAUUCUGUUUAAUAUUAAACUUUUUUGUUUUUGGUGUGCA